AUGCCGGUGCAGGCCGCCCAGUGGACAGAGUUCCUGUCCUGUCCCAUCUGCUACAAUGAGUUCGACAGCAGCGGCCACCAGCCCAUCAGCCUGGGCUGCUCCCACACGGUGUGCAAGACCUGCCUGCACAAACUGCACCGCAAAGCCUGCCCCUUCGACCAGACGCCAAUCAGCACCGACAUCGACCUGCUGCCGGUCAACUGUGCCCUGCUGCAGCUGGUCGGAGCUCAGAUCCCUGAUAUGCAGCCGGUGAGCUUGAGCGAUGCAGCAGAGGUGGAGAACUAUGAGGUCUGCAGGGUGUGUGUAGAAGAGCUGGCUCUCUACCUGAAACCUAUCAGCGGAGCAAAAGGUGUCGCGACCCUGAGUCCGAGUGUGCUCAGUCGGCCCAUGCAGAGGAAGCUGGUGACCCUGGUGAACUGCCAGCUGGUGGAGGAGGAGGGCCGUGUGCGGGCGGUGCGGGCGGGCCGGUCGCUGGGGGAACGAACCGUGACCGAGCUCAUCCUGCAGCACCAGAACCCCCAGCAGCUCUCCGCCAACCUCUGGGCGGCGGUGCGGGCGCGGGGGUGUCAGUUCCUGGGACCUGCGAUGCAAGAAGAUGCACUGAAGCUGGUUUUACUGGCUCUGGAGGACGGCUCAGCUCUGUCCAGGAAGGUGCUGGUUUUGUUCGUCGUCCAGAAGCUCGAGGCCCGGUUCCCCCAGGCCUCCAAAACCAGCAUAGGCCACGUGGUGCAGCUGCUCUACAGGGCCUCCUGCUUCAAGGUGACUAAGCGUGAUGAGGACUCUUCACUAAUGCAGCUGAAGGAAGAGUUUCGCACAUACGAGGCUCUCAGGCGGGAACACGAUGCCCAGAUUGUCCACAUCGCCAUGGAGGCGGGCCUACGGAUCUCACCAGAGCAGUGGUCCUCUCUGCUGUACGGAGACCUGGUCCACAAGUCACACAUGCAGUCCAUCAUUGACAAGCUGCAGUCUCCAGAGUCGUUUGCAAAGAGCGUCCAGGAGCUGACCAUCGUCCUGCAGAGGACAGGAGACCCGGCCAACCUCACGAGCCUUAGACUGCACCUCGAGCUGCUGGCCGACAUUGACCACAAUCCAGACGCCCCAGCACCAUCAUGGGAGGAGCUGGAAAGCGUGAUGUUGGCUGUGAAGUUGGUGGUUCACGGACUGGUGGAAUUCAUACAGAACUUCAGCAAGAAGAGCCACGACACGCCGCAGCCUCAAGCCAACAGCAAGUAUAAGACCAGCAUGUGCCGAGACCUCCGUCAACAGGGCGGCUGUCCACGAGGAACCAACUGUACAUUCGCACACACACAGGACGAACUGGAGAAAUUUAGACUGAGGAACAAGAAGAGCAACAGCGUGGGCCGUGCAUUUCCGUUGUCGCCCGGGGUUAUGGGUAAAACCUUCACGAUGGAGGGCAGCCUCCACGAAGACGUGUCUGUGGAGGUGGUAGAGGGGCUCAAAGGCACAGGGGACAAUGCAUCUACCCUGACAGACGGUGUUCCUGGCCUGACUCACCCCCAGUUUAUCACCAGAGGGGCCGACAUUAUCGAGGAAAUGAAGAGGGUGGUGCCAAACGGAAGCAGUGGGGCGAACGGGUGCAACGGGCUACCUGGUACCAACAGAACCACGUCGGGUGCAACGGAACAGAAGUCCAUCUCUCCUCCCAGGACUCCCGUUAGCCACUCAGCAUCAUCUCCCUUGACCCCGGUCCCGCGGGGUGACGGUGGCGCUCCGAUACCCAAACAUGGUCAGUUCAUGCUGCGUGCGCCGCAUCCUUCCCAGGCCACAGAGCUGUACUAUCAGGAGCCCCACUCUGCUUAUGACACGGCCCAUUAUCAACAAAACUCAGGUUCUUACUACCCAUCUACUCUUCAUCAUCCUCACAAACCCUGCAUGGCUCGCUUCCUCAGGUCGUCCAAUGUCCCAGAAUCCCCUCUGCCGCCCUCCAUGGGACCUCCACAGACUUCCUACCACAGUGACCCUCAAUCGCCUCACCCACCCUCCUCCUCUUCCUCGGGGUACCCACCACACCCACCCAGAGAUCGGAUGGGUCCCACCUUCCAUCCCCACCCGGGGCAGCCCCAGUACGGGCCUCUGGCUCCUGCUCAUGGGGUUUAUGCUCCGCUCUAUGACAGCAGACGAGUAUGGAGGCCUCAGCUGUACCACCGAGAGGACGCGAGGAGUAACUCGCUGCCUCCGGAGGUGCUGCACUCCUCCGUCUACCAGCCUCCACUCAGGGAGAGAUUCAACUCUCUGGACAGCAACUACUGCUCCGGAGCGGACCACCGCACAGGGCUACACAGGGAUUACAGUCGUGUUCCUCUGGGCUACGAGGAUCUGUUCAGGAGGAAGCAGGAACAGUGGGCGCAUCAUCAUCACCAUCACAACGCCAACAGACACUCCCAGUCCUCCCCCAUCUUCACCAUCGACUUUGGAACUGAGCAUUUGGAGAGCAGCGGAGGCCAGUGUGCCGGCUGCCGGUUCAGAGGUGAGGAAAGCUUAGCCCACUACUCCCCGUGGUCCUGUGGCUCCAUGGGCCCCUGCCUCAGUCCCUUUGAGCCUGAGACAGUGACACACAGCUCAGCUCACUCCUGCUCGGAGCACCCGGUGAGAUUACUCAUGCAGGAGCUGGAGGCUAACGGAGGCCGAGGCGGCGGCAGAGGCGGCGGCGGAAGCGGCAGUAGUGACGGGAAGCGGUGGCUGCAUACGUUGGAUCACUACCGGCGCUUAAAAGAUGAGGACCCCAUCAUUCCCUUCAGUGAGGGGCCCAUCAUCUCCAAGUGGGGGGCCAUAUCCAGGGCGUCACGCACGGGCUUCCACACCACCGACCCGGUUCAAGCCACGGCCUGCCAGAGAAGCUCCAGCACCACACCCAUCAACUUUAAAGAUUAUAACCAACACAUGGAUCACAGUGACUACAGGUGGGGCUCCAGAGGAUCAGACUCUUCCAGCCACUCCAGUUUCCUCGAAAGUGAGCAGCUUUGUGCAUCGGAGCUUCACGGCCGGCGAACAUCAAUAAGCAGUGGAGAGAGAAUCGUGACCUGUACUCUGCAGGCGCACCACGCCGUCUACAGCCAGGACCGGGAGCGAGCCGAGAGCGAGCCGGACCCGGGCCGAGACAUCGAGCUGGAGCUGUGCGCUCUGGACAUGGAGGAUUCAGACCCCCAGGAGAGAAGGUCUCAGGAUUCUUUAGACCUGAUUCAUUCUCCGUCUCAGGAUGCUUCCCACCUCCUGCCGCCUCCCUGCUCCUCUCCCCUCCUCUCAUCCCCUGUGAAGGAACGACCCCGAACAGAGGGUACCCUGACAGAAAAGAUGGAUGCUCAUCUACUGAAAAAGAUGGCCUUCAGAAAGUCUCUUUCUCCCGGAGGCUUGGUCUCGAGGGGUCUUGGCGUCGGCAAGCUGGUGCUGCGGACCGGACCCCCUCGACUGGGGGACACGUCCACGCCCGGCACAGAGAUGCUGCUGAAUGGAAGCUAAAGGGACACAAAGUCAG